CACCUCAACUCAACGCAUCUCGUCGUUCCCUCUUUCUUGGUUAUAAAUCAAAUCCAUCGCUCACUGUUGUUUUGUAAUCCCGUGGCUGCUUAUUCCAUCAUUUCCUCUCCCUCAACCUCUUUAUCCUCUUAUACACUCUCCCCGCCGUUGCUUUUUUUCCGAACUCAACAAUCUCCCCGCGCCAUCUCCGAAAGUAUCGUCCCAUCGACCCUCAACAAGAAAUUAAACCUCGAACGACUUUUUGGAUCCGCACCUACAACCUUGUUUUUAUCUAUCGCAUAGAAGCGCAGCUUUUUUCUCCUUCUGUUCCGACGCUAAACUUUCCUCAAUUGUUUCAACUCGCGACGGCCUCAAUCGUUACAGGUCGCCUAGAAUGAACCUGAACAAGGCCGCUCGCGUCAUCCUCUUUGGUGCACCUGGCGUUGGUAAAGGGACCCAGAGCGAGCGAUUGCUCGCUCGCUUUCCUCAGCUCAAUCAGAUCAGUACUGGUGAUCUCUUGCGUCGGAAUGUCAAGGAGAGGACACCCCUCGGCAUCAAGGUCGAGAAUACGAUGAAGUCGGGUGGUCUUGUUGCUGAUGACCUUAUUCUGCGACUUAUUUCCAACGAAUUCUUCACUCGAGGCUGGCUUGCGAAGAAUGGUGGUCCGAACGUCAUGACUCUUUCUUCUGAAGCGACGGCGAUGGAGGCUUCUUUCAAUAGCGCUGCUUCUGAUCCGUUCAUCAACGCUCCAUUCCUCGACGGGCACCGUCCUUCCAAGGCCUCCAACGACCCAUCCGCCUCGUUCAUUCUCGAUGGUUUCCCUCGAACAGCUUCCCAAGUCGGCCCUCUCGACAAGCUUAUCCCGAUCAAUCUCGUAGUCUCGCUCAAGACCCCUGUAUCUGUUAUUCUCGAGCGAAUCCUCGGACGUUGGGUCCACGAGCCUUCGGGCCGAGUCUACAACACCAGCUUCAAUGCGCCUCGAGUCCCCGGAAUCGACGACGUCACCGGCGAGCGAUUAAUCCAGCGCCCCGAUGAUUCCGAGGAAGUUUACAGAGCACGAUACAAGAAGUUCCAAGAGACCAGCGAGCCUGUUCUGAACCACUACGCCCAGAAGGGCGUCCUUGUCGAGAUUGAGGGCAUGAGCAGCGAUGAAAUCACCCCAAAGCUAUUUGCAGAGUUCGAGAAGCGCUUCGUCCAUUGAAGGAAAUACCCUAUGGUUUCAAGACGUUUAUGUUAUUACUAGUAUAUGACUUUUUCUUUCCAUUCGCUACGGUUUAGCUUUUGUAUUUUGUUAUUAUAGGAGUUUUAUUCUCGCGGCUUGGGAUGCUGCUGAUGGGAGUUGCAAAAGACAGGACUGGAAAGAUUCCUUGUCAGAUGGCGCGAACUGUUGGGAGCUGCUCGUUGGUUGUCCUUGAAGGACAUGGUGGUGGAAAGGGAUGGGAUUGUCUCAACACAACUGCACCGGUUUUGAGCGCAGGAAUGGGCAUGGUUAUUGCCUGAAUGAUAUCCACACAUCGACCCCU